AUGAUGUAUGAUAGUGCUGGUCUUGGAGGACCGCCCAUUCUCAAGUUUUCCGAAUUUGCAUCUUCUUCUGAUAUCAAUGACAAGAUCCAUGAGAUGGCAACUGAACACACACCAACUGAAGCACCUACAGCAGCCUACCGCCCAAACUUGGACUACACAUUCUGUAUCACGGCUGCUACCCCGAUUGUGAAGAUUUUCAACACAAUCACCAAAGCUCUUUUUGUCACAAGUUGGACAACCUACCUUGAGCAAAAAAUUGCCAACGAGAACUUACUGAGAGUGAAACACUUUAUCUCUCUGACCCGUGCCGCUACAGCUACCACCACUACUGCAAUGGAUGUUGACAACAUUGACAUCACCAACACUCUGUCUGUUGAGUCACACAUCGACAAAUGUGUUCGCCUCGAAACCAAGAAACAGACCAAGAACCUGGAGAAAGAAAUCCAGACGCUUAAAUGUGCCAUUGCAAAAAACAACUCCCGAGGGGCCAAAUUGCCAGGCGCCUCCGACAAAAAGAAGACUGAUCAAAAGCGUCGCACAUCUGGUACCAAGCCACAGCCAAAAACUGCCGCAAAAGUUGCCGAUCCAUCAAAAUCACAUCGAGUCAACCUACGCGACCACAUCCUGUCACUGCCAAUUACUGUUCUUGAAUCCCGCCUUUCCAAUUCCGCCUGCCAUAAUUUGUGUACCACCAAGAAACCACCCUUGUUCCUGAAGUCGCUCCUUGGCCUUGGCCUGAAGUUUUGCCCCAGACCCGCCUUCACUACAAGCCAAACACAACUUGAAACCACACUGACUCGUUUUGCAAAAGACUUUCACACAAAGAUCCACUUUGCCGGUGAGGAAUCUGAAUGGACACCAAACCAACUUUACACCCGCAAUGACCUGUGGGAACUAAAGGAUGGAAUGGUGGAUCCUGAAAUCCAAGCCCGAGUCAACGCCUUCCGCAAAUAUCUCCUUCCCCUGUUCCACCGCCAAAAGGUGCACUCAAAUCUCACCCCGAUUCAACAGCACCUUCUCACUACACUACGUCACAACCCUGAUUUCAUUGUCCUAAACUCAGACAAAAAUCUCGGCCCUGUACUUCUGGAACAUGAGGUAUACGUCCAACGCUGCCUUACUGACCAUCUCCUCACUGAGACCUACCAACAGCUCUCCCCCGAGGAUGCACACGUCUUCACUACAGAAACUGGCCAACUGAUUGCCAAAUUCCUUAAUGAUAACGCGUCAGCCAUCACAAAAAUGGACAUGACGUACCUCCAGAGAACCCUUGACCGUGUCACUGACUCCUAUGCCUAUUUCUACACACUUGCAAAGAUCCAUAAGAGCCCCUGGAAAACGCGACCAAUUGUCUUGGUCUCUGGCAGCCUACUCUAUGGCCUCGGAAAAUGGCUGGAUCAACAACUCCAACCCAUCAUCCGCAAACUACCUACCUAUUUGUCAAGCUUGUUUGCACUCAAAACUGACAUUGAUAACAUGGCCGGCACCGACUUCUCUUGCAUGAGUCUCUUCACUGGUGAUGUUGUGGCUAUGUAUCCCAGCAUCAAUCUUGAAGACGCUUUCACCCGUAUUGAAGAAUUCCUGUCCACCUCCUCACUGUGUGUAAAUGUUGACGUCAACACAAUCAUGACAGCUUUGCAACUUCUCAUGAGGAGAAACUGCUUUCGAUUUGGAGACACUUACUGGCUCCAGACUGACGGAACCGCAAUGGGCACACCACCGGCGCCCUCUUUUGCAACUCUCUACUACGGUAUUUUUGAACUUGGUCUUUUACAACGUUUUGGAACUACACUACUUACGUCGAUACAUUGA